AUGGAUGCCAGUCAACCAGAAAUUCGCCACGCUUCCUAUAGCUUUAUCACCUUCAGCAAAGGAUUUCCUGCUUACGAAAAUGGGGUUGAGAAUCGACGAGAAAAGAAGGGAGAUGAAGAGAAAGAGGAGAAAGAGCAACGGGGAGAAAUGGAAGAGCCAGCAAAUAAGAAAACAAAACUUCCACACAACUGCAGGGCAUCGCGGCGUGGCCAGCAACAAGCUCCCCUGCCUUCUCAAGUUCCAACUCCUCGUCGCCAAGUGCACUUUGCUCCCCAGGACGAAGUCCGAACCAUCCCGCUGGACGUGGAGCCCACACCAUCGUCUGUCCGAGUACUAUUCGAACCAGAGACUUACAACGCGAUGUCCGAUUUCCACAAGGUCCGCGCGUGUAUGAGAGGCAUAAUCUUCUCUCGAAAGCCUCUGGAAUUCACGCUCCAGGUUUCGGGGCACGGUAUCCGGAUCUCGAUCCCCGUUCUCUGCGGUCCUGCCUUUGAGAUUGGGAACUGCUACUUGGAUGUAUAUUGCGACGCUACCUCGCCAACCCUAAUGUUGAUGACAACUAAUUCCGCUGAUAUGUACGAGUGGAGGCGGUUGUGCAACGCUUCGACUGAGCGAAUGCAGUUGAAGUGCCGCCUCACGCAUUCAAAGGGUUCGAUCUUCCAUUGUUGGAUCGUGCCACCGGAGGUGACAUGGUACCGGAAGCACAUUGAGAGCAAGCUGGGGUGGAAGGAUGGUAAGAACAGCUUGGAUGAAAAGCCUAGAAAGAGGCCAGAAAAAGAGUUUGGCUCGAAUAGGUUGCGGAAGAGUGGGUCCUCUGAGGCUAGAUCGGGGCGGAGAGAUCGGAAUGGAGUGUGCUAUUGCUGUAAGCUAGGAAUAGGCUUUAGCAAGGGGUAAUUUUGAGCAAAUUUCUGCCCUUUUAUCGUUUCAAUUUACAUUCUCGAUUCGCAAUGUUCGAUGUAAAUCCAGGUCCGAUCCACUCAAGUUCUUGGGUCACGGCAGA